GAGAAGAAAAGAACAAGUCACCUUUAGCACAAGAAAUUGAUGAUUUCGUAAAAUUAAUAGCUACUAUUGCCUUGAUUUGUGCUUUUAUUUUUUUUGGAGUUGGUUUUAGUGUAUAUAAUAGUGUUGCUCUUAAUGUUAGUUUCGCCAUUUCCAUACUUGUUGCAUGGGUUCCCGAAGGGUUGCCAGCUACUGUCACAGUCCUUUUGACUAUAGCAGCAAAGAGAAUGGCAGCACAAAAUGUACUUGUAAAAGAUCUUCAAGGUGUUGAGACACUUGGAGCGAUUACUCUUUUGGCUACAGAUAAAACCGGUACUUUAACUAGAAACCAAAUGACUGUAACUUAUAUUUGGUCUUCUUUAAAUAUGUAUUCAGCAUUUCGAAACAUGCAAUCUGAAAAUACUCCUUUCGAUCCAAAUGCACCUGGUAUUCAAGAAAUUAUUCAUAUUUCUUCAUUAUGCUCCCGUGCUAAAUUUGAUCGUACCGACAUUCCAUUCGCUGAGCGUUCAAUCCUUGGUGACGCUACCGAAACAGGGUUAAUACGCUUCGCCGCUCAAAAUGUAGAUGAUUAUGAUGAACUUAUUAGGAAAUACCCAAAAGUUUUCGAAAUUCCUUUCAAUUCUGAAACAAAAUGGGCACUCACGAUUCAUAAGAAGAAACAUAACAAGGGUGAUCUAACUUUGUAUAUCAAAGGAGCACCUGAACGCGUACUUAGACUUUGCACAACAAUAUUGUCAGAUGAGAAUGCAAUUCCUUUGACUGACGAACAUAAAAAGAAAUAUGACGAGAUUUAUGAAUUUAUGGCUUCAAAAGGACAUCGAGUUUUGGCUUUUGCACAAUUAUUGUUACCAGCUGAUCCAUACCAUGAAGGUUUUGAAUUUAAAAAAGAGAAGAAGAAUUACCCAAUAGGUGAUUAUUGUUUUGUUGGAUUAGCUUCACUGGAAGAUCCUCCGAAGCAUGGAGUUCGUGAAGCUAUUGGCCGUUGUCGUACAGCCGGUAUUCGGGUAAUGAUGGUGACUGGUGAUCAUCCUUUAACCGCUGAGGCUAUUGGACGCAAAAUUAAUUUAGUGUUAUCAGACACUAAAGAACUUAUUGUUAAAAAAACUGGUCGAUCUAUUGAAUCAAUCCGUGAGGAUGAAUACAACGCUAUUGUCAUUCACGGCGAACAGAUAGAUUCCUUAAGUAAUAAUGAUUGGGAUAAUAUCUUUUCUAAAACUGAAAUUAUUUUUGCACGUACUUCUCCUCGUCAUAAGCUUGAAAUUGUCAAACGUGCACAAUCUAUUGGUCAUAUCGUAGGAGUAACUGGUGAUGGCGUAAAUGACUCACCUGCUUUAAAGAAAGCCGAUUUAGGGAUCGCUAUGAAUCAAUCUGGAUCUGAUGUUUCUAAGGAGGCGGCCGCUAUGAUUUUAAUGGAUGAUAACUUUGCCUCUACAGUGAAGGGUAUUGAAGAAGGGCGUCUGAUUUUUGCGAACCUUAGAAAGUCUAUUCAAUACACCAUUACUCAUUCAACACCACAAGUUGUGGUUUCAUUGCUAUUUGUUGUUGUACCUAUCCCAUUACC